AUGUCACCGUAUAAUUUGGUGUUUGGAAAGGCAUGUCACUUGCCGGUAGAGUUAGAGCAUAAAGCCUUCUGGGCAUUGCAACAAUUAAAUCUGGAUGUGGAGGCCGCUGGAACUAGUAGAAUCACAGAGCUGCAUGAACUUGAUGAGUUUCGUUACCAUGCUUUUGAGAGUACAAGGUUAUACAAGAAAAGAAUGAAACUGGUGCACGAUAAAAACAUUCUUAAGCAAAAUUUUAAGCCGGGAGAUGUGGUGCUAUUAUUCAAUUCGAGAUUGAUGUUAUUUCCGGGCAAAUUGAAGUCAAGAUGGUCAGGACCAUUUCGUGUGCUAGAGAUUCAUCCCACCGAAGACGUAGAGAUUGCUUCAGAAGAUGGCUCUCAUAAGUUCAGAGUCAAUGGUCACAGAUUGAAAUAUUAUUUGGGCAUGGAUGACACGAAAGUAGUAUUGGUAAUUUCGGCAAGUCGUACACUUCACUUCGCGUUGCCUGUUCCCCAGCGAGCUGGUCCAGGCGUUAAGCCUUGCGUCGCCUGA